GGACGUGAGAAAAGUAUUUUCACGAGAGGGGAGAGUUGUCCGGGAAGUGAAAAUUUUAUUAGAGAAACUUUGGGAUUUCCUCAAAAUCGUGUUGCCACCAUCGCCCCACUCCCCACCUAUUCCCUUUUAAUAAAAAGUAAAAACGUUGGGCAGUUCUAUUCUUCGGAGCUUCCAAAGAUCAUUAGCUCACCACGCCGAAAAUUAGAGUACAGCAGCCAGCCCCUCUCCCUCAAUAAACCUCUGUUUCUUCUCUGUCGCUUGACUCUUCUCUAUUUCUCUUUGUCUGUCGUGUUCCUCCGUUUCCUUCAAAACCCAUGCCUUCUUGUUUCAAUCACAUACUUGUCGCCUUGUUUGUCAGCCCUGAUUUCAGCAGAGUGUAAAAGAUCCCUUCUUUUGCUUAUAUUUCACAGCAUUGGCGAAAAUUUUCAAGGCUUGGGGCAAGGGAGUUGUUUGGGGAAAGAGUGAUAUGGCCAAUGUGUCUGGGUUCUUGAGUCCUUCAGUUCCAAGCUUAGGGAGGACUUUGAAGCCUUCUAUAGGGGUUAUUGGAUCUGGGUUUUGCUCUACUAAGGGAAUCCCCAAGGGUUUUUUUUGCUCCAGCACUGUUGAAGGUGCUGCUGACAAGGUUUCCCCUUCUCAAUCUCGAAUGCCCAGGGCAACUGUCAAUCUGGCUACUUCCUCUUUCUUGGUUCAGUUUUAUGCUCUGUCUGAAAUCACCGGCAUCGGGUUUGGAUCAUAUUUGGAUGCUGUGUGUACUCAUCCUAGAAGAGAAAUGCAGUAAAUUACACUAUAUAUCAAAGUUUGGAGUUGAUGUCGCACCGUCAUCAGAAGGGAAGCACUUCCCUUUUGCUGUUGUGCUGCCUAGUUUCUGCUGUUUACAAGGAGGUUACAUUCAUAGUGGAAUAAUAAUGCACCUACUAGGUAUCAGGAUGAGCUUCUUCAGAGGUUUAUGCUGCUAGACGUGCUACUUUGUAGGCAUUGGAGAAUUGGAAUUAUUGAUGUCUGUUAAGAUAUGAUAGUAUGAUGAAUAGAUGUUAUGCUGUGUGGUCAAUGAGACAAGAUGUGCCUUUGGAAAUUGUUGGUUCAUUGUUAUGGCUAUUAAAUUCGGGAACUUUAAUCUGCAGACUAGUUAUGCAAGGUUGCAAACUUGUUGGAUCUGGCUCAGCAGUUCCAAGUCUUCAGAUUUCAAAUGACGAACUCGCCAAAAUGGUUGACACUAAUGAUAAGUGGAUAGCUGAUCGUACUGGGAUCCGUAAUCGACGAGUCCUUACAGGAAAUGAAACUCUGACUUCUCUAGCAGCUGAAGCAGCAAGGAAAGCACUUGAGAUGGCAGAGGUUGAUCCUGAUGAUCUGGAUAUGAUCUUGUUGUGCACAUCAACGCCAGAAGAUCUUUUUGGUAGUGCCCCUCAGAUCCAAAAGCAGCUUGGCUGCAAAAGAAACCCUUUGGCAUACGACAUAACAGCAGCAUGCAGUGGAUUCGUUUUGGGGCUAGUCUCUGCUUCUGCUCACAUUAGGGGAGGUGGAUUUAAAAAUGUCUUGGUAAUUGGUGCUGACUCCCUCUCUCGAUAUGUCGACUGGACUGAUAGAGGAACUUGUAUUCUCUUUGGUGAUGCUGCUGGCGCGGUAUUGGUACAGGCCUGUGACGGUGAGGAUGACGGUUUAUUCAGCUUCGACUUGCAUAGUGACGGUGAUGGCCAGAGACAUUUGAAUGCAUCAAUAAAGCAGAGUGAAGUGGAUCAUGCACUCGGUUCUAAUGGAUCAGUCGUCGACUUCCCUCCAAGACGCUCCUCUUAUUCAUGCAUUAAUAUGAACGGUAAAGAAGUUUAUCGCUUUGCCGUGCAGUGUGUACCAGAGACUAUCGAGUCUUCUCUCCAAAAGGCUGGUCUAACUCCAGCUGACAUUGAUUGGUUGCUACUCCACCAGGCGAACAAGAGGAUCAUAGAUUCGGUUGCAGACCGUCUGAAGCUUCCUUCUGACAGGGUGAUUUCGAAUCUGGCAAGUUAUGGCAACACGAGUGCAGCUUCCAUUCCCUUGGCAUUAGAUGAAGCCGUUCGAAGUGGGAAAGUGAAGCCAGGUCAUACAAUUGCUGCUGCUGGUUUCGGUGCUGGUCUAACUUGGGGCUCUGCUAUCAUUAGAUGGGGCUGAAAAUUGAAAUCUUUCUUACAUGUCUCUAAAAUGAGGGAGAGACAUCAAAUUAGAACAGAAUUCCUUGUAACAUCCAGUUUGUUUAAUUAUUUUCUUACCUUUUGUGUCCCAUAUGUACUAGAAACAAACUUGUUGCUUCCCUUCUGUGUAACCCUUUUCAAUUUUUGGUAUCCCCAAAAUAAAGUUUCAUUCUUUCCUGUCCAAAAUCUGAAACUCUUUACAAUACUUGCGAAUUGCGAUACAAGCUCAAAGUUCUCUACUAACCCUAGCUUUCUUCCUCAAAAAUUCAUCCAUUCAAAAAACGAAGACAAAUAAAGAAGACCAAGUGCUAAUAAUGUUACAACAACAGUCUGGAAAAGCAAUGGAGCUCUCACACAGAAGAAAGGUCUCCUAUUUCUACUUCACCUUUCACCCUGGACCUGAUCUUCUCCAGAGCUCCGUCAAUGGCGAUGUCAAAAGCAUCCUUCUGCCCUUUCCACCCCUUUGAAGAACUACUUCCAUGCUUCCUGUAAACAACUCUUGGAAUCAAUUCAAUGACCUUCUGCCUCAUCCUCCGAACUCGCGCCCGCGAAAUCCCCAUCAGGACAUCCAAAAUCUUCAGUCCUUUGUAAACAACAUCUUCCUUCUGAAUGUGGACAGCAAACUCCCCAUAAGCUUCCUCCGGCAAGUGCCACCUGUACUGCGUCCUCGCCGAUUGAUCCUCAAAGAAUACCGGUAUGCACCCGGCGAUGAUGGCAUCGAACGUGGACCUCCUCGUUGGAGUGUCUCCGGGAGGCUGCAAGCAGAAUGUGGACUGCAACAUCGGCCUCAUGUACAGAAUCGGGUCAUGCUCGCAUUUCCCAUUGGCGCAAUCGACAAUGUCACAUACUUUGGAGUAAUAGUACCACCCGCCAUUGCUCUCAAACGUAUCGCUGGUGUUCUCGCACUCAUUCCUUAUGCUCCGCCGGAUGUUGGCCUGCGCGGAGACACCUCCGCCGCCGGCGAACAGCAUUAAUGUAGUUCUUCGGGACGCCUCGACGCGAUUGAUCCAUGAAUCGAGGAGCUCGCCACUCGGGGGGUGAAACGACGUCAGAUAGGGCACGGCUUGCUCCUGCCACGGCCAUAACCUCUCUUCGACGACAAGCGCCGUGAGAUUGUAGAAUUCCGGCAGCUCCAAGAACGAAGUCCCCCAAAUUGGCGGGUCGAGAUCUGGAGGCUGGGAGAAGUCCCAGGCGGGUCGGGCGAGAACCAGGAAAUGAUCCAACCCGGAAUUCCGCCCCCAAAUCCACCCGUCGUUUUCCUGCAGGAACUCGAAGAGCUCCAGGCCGUGAUCCAUGCUGUUGUUCACCUCCGGCCCGUAGAGGUAGCGGAGGGAAUCGAUGGCGGCGUAGUACGGGAGGUAGACGGCGGCGGCCUGGCCGGGAUCUUGGGUUAAACACGGGUAUUCGAGCAUCCGGCGGUGGAAUGUGAGCUCGAGGAGGAAAGGGUCGGUGCGGUACCAUGAGUGGGAUCGGUUGUGGGUCUUGGGUCCGAGGCCGUGAUUGGAGAGGUAAGGGCAGAAAUCGUAGAAGAGGUCGUACUCGGAGCAAUUUGUGAGGAGAUCGAGGUUGAACCUCGCCGGGAGACGCCGGAUGUGGAUCCAACGGCCGGAGCAAUUGAGUUGUGGAACCACCGCCGCCGCCGAUGAUGAUUCUCCGCCUCCUCCGCUUCCGCUUCCGGUUUCUCCUGAUCCUGCUCGCUCUUUUCUGGACUUGGAUGCUUGUUGCUGAGAAAGUGCAGGGCUGAGCAAGAGGAAGAAGAAGAAGAGGAAGGAGGGAAGGGAAGGGGAAACGGGUACGGACGCCAUGGAUGGGUGAAAGCUUCGGACGGAGAACAACAACAAUGGAGGAAAGAGAAUUUAGGGAUUCAUGUUGUUGUGUUGGGGGGUUUUCUGUUAAAUU